AUGAAGGUAUCUGUUGCUUUCGUCUUUGCGUUUCUAUAUACCUUGGUAAACUGUGCCCUAAGCAAUGACCAAUUGUUUCAAGCAGUCAAAAAGUCCAAGGGAAAGCUUUUACCGUUGAAUGAUGAGAACUAUGAGAAUAUCUUGAAUGGGCAAAGAGAUUACCAUAUCAUUGUAUUCUUCACUACGGAUGCGCCGCAAAUCAAUUGUGUUUUGUGUAGAGAUAUUGCACCGGAAAUUCAACUCAUUGCUAACUCCUGGGUUAAGGACCACCCCAAUGGUGUCGUUGAGCUGGAUGAAAGUGAGCAACUGAAAAAUGUCUACUUUUUCAAGUCGGACUUUGUUGACUCCAAGAAGCUUUUCCAAUUAUUCCAAAUGAACAAUAUUCCCAAGAUUUUCCAUUUCAGACCAACCAAGGCUUUGGGACCAAACAAUUUUCUCAGAGAAAAGAAAGAGUAUCAAUUUUUCCAAGGUGACCAGAAGGGUUUAAUGAUGAGCUGGGUACAGGAAAUGACAGGGCAUCGUUUCAAUCUACAUAUACCUAUAAAUAAGAACAGGGUAAUUUUCAACAUGUUUGUGGCCUUCUUCACGACAAUUUUGUUGAAAAAGUUCCGUAAACAAAUUGGUAAAAUAUUGGCUUCCAAAAUUACUUGGGGCGUGUUUUCCUUGUUAGCGGUAUUAUUAUUUACCACGGGAUUCAUGUUCAACAAAAUCAGACAUACACCGUAUAUCAUUGACCAUGCUGAUGGUAAGAUUGAAUAUUUUAUGCGCGCGCAACAAAACCAACUAGGAAUUGAGACCCAGAUCAUCUCAUUUGUUUAUGGCGUUCUAAGUAUAUUGGUGGUUAUAUUGGUUAAAAAAGCACCGGAAAUCAAAACCCCUUCAAUCAACUUGGUCUUGGUUGCAAUCGUAUGUGGUUUGAUUUUUAUUCUAUUCAGUCUUCUUUUAUCCUUCUUUGGGUUGAAAACUGCUGGGUUCCCAUAUAGGUUUAUUAGAUUUUUUUAA